AUGGAUAUUGAUAUCAUCCCUAUUGCUAUUGAAGCACUACAAGAAGUUCAGAGCUUAAAAACCCAAAUUGAGUUUUAUAGAGUGGAAAUUGAAGAAAAAAAUUCUUAUAUAAAGCAGCUUGAAGAACAAAUUGCUAAGCCCAGGGUUCCACAAGACAUCAUUGAUAACAUGAAAAAUCAAGAAAUCAUCAUUAAUUCACUUCAGCAAAAAAUCGAAGAGCUUGAGCAGGUAUAAGCAAUUUAGCUAAAAAAAGAAGACAAUAACUAUAUAUCAAAUGCGUUGCAAAAUUCCGAGGAUUUAAUUCACUCUAAUAAAAAGUCAAAAGUAGCAAAUAAAGGAUUAAAAGUUAUUUUCGAUCUUGAUAUUUGACUAUCUACAAUGAAAUUUUUAAAUGCCCAAGAUAUCCUAUCAGUUUUAUUUAUUUCUCCAGAAUUCGCUCAAAAACUAUGUUGCAGUCUAGAUAUCUGGAAAUUCCUUACCGACGAUAUCAAAAAGCAAAUAGAUUUCGCAACCCCAAUAAUAACUGAUCAGCUUCCUCCGCCACCUAUAACCCAAGAAGAGCACCAAGAAUUAUCCCGCUUAUUUGAAAAGUAACUAUAAAGCAGAUAUGUAAUUCAACAAUACCCUAUAGGAAAAACUCUUGAACCAAGGCUAAUUAAUGCAGCUAAAACUUUGCUGGGCUUGCAAAAAUCAAUAGAAAUUGCUACAUCGGCCCAAGCUCCUCAGGAAAAAUUUAACAGCAUAGCUGAAUUGAUUGUUUCUAAAUUUCAAGUAGAUAGAGUAAUUGAUUUAUUGCAUAGAACCACUGCUUGAUUCAGCGCAAAUCCUUCGAAAACUGCUGACUGGACAACGUUUAUACAAAAUACUUUUGCUGGACUGCUUUAUGAUGGAGCUAUGAUAAUGAUAGACUCACAGGUAAGGAUAAUAUAGGAACUAAAUAGGUUAAAAGAUUUUUUGGUAGAAAAAGUAAAAAAAGCUAAUUAUCCCCAUUGGUUAUUAAGAGCUAACCGAUGAACGCUAGUUUAUUAUAAGAACAUGCUAAAAAUAUUUUUUCGGUUUUUAAAAAUCGAAAUUUGUUAGGAUUUGAAAUAAAAAUUACAAUUAAAACUGCAAUAUAUAUGCUUUAGAAUGCAAGUUGUCAUAAAUUUAAUAUAGCGAGCUUAAGAUUUCAUUAUUAUGAUAUUAAUUAUAUAGGGUUUUACCCUGAGUAGCCCUAUAUAUAAUUAUAUACUAAUUUUAUUUCAAAAAUUUACUUUUCAAUGGUUUUUCUCCCUACAAAGAGGAGUAAGGAAAAGCUAAAUAGCCAUGAUCAAGAAAAAUUAGCAAUUGAGACUCAGCUAUUAAAAGAAAGAGAAAUAAAAGAAUAUCUUAUAAUGAGAGUCCAUGAUCUUGAUAUGAAUAACUCAUACAGAGUGUCUGAAUUAGCAAAAAUGAGCAAUCAGCUUACCUUGAUUUCUAAAGAAAAAGAAAUAAUUGAAGCAAAAUUAAACGAAGAAGUAGAAAAUUAUCAAAAAAAUCGAAAAAUUUUGGCACAAGAAAUUAACAAUUUAAGAAAAAAAUUCGAAAUAGCUCAGACACAAAAAUCCGAAUUAUUAGGAGCUUUUGAAGAAUUUAACAAAGUUUUUAACACCCUUGGGCUAAUUAAAUAA